AUGUCCGAACCCAUUGUUGCUGCCGCCUCGGCACCGGUCCUUCACAAGACCGCCGGAGGUAAUUCUGCUUACCACAACUUCAACAACGACUUUGCCCACGUCCAAGACCCCAAUGAGCGUCGCCGUCUGGCUCUUGCCGAGAUUGACAAGGCACCAUUCGGAUGGUACCAUGUCAGAGCUUGUGUUGUCGCAGGCGUUGGAUUCUUCACUGACUCCUACGACAUUUUCGCCGUCGGUCUGCUCACCACCAUGUUGGGCAUAGUUUACUGGCCCAAGAAGGGCUCCAUGCCAACCAACUCUGAUACCGCCAUCAAGGUUGCCACCAGUGGCGGAACCAUUGUUGGUCAACUCGGAUUUGGUGCUCUUGCCGAUAUCGUUGGACGGAAGCGCAUGUACGGAUUGGAACUCAUCGUUAUCAUCUUUGCCACCCUCGCUCAAUCAUUGACCUCAAACUCCCCCUCAGUUAACAUUGUGGGUGUCAUUAUCUUCUGGCGUGUGAUCAUGGGUAUUGGAAUUGGUGGCGACUACCCCCUCUCUUCCAUUAUCACGUCCGAGUUCGCUACCACCAAAUGGAGAGGCGCCAUGAUGGGAGCUGUCUUUGCCAUGCAAGGCUUGGGUCAGUUAGGUGCCGCUGUUAUCAUGAUCAUCGUCACUGCCGGCUUCAAGGAAUCUCUGUUGACUUCUAAGACCUAUGCCAAUUGCCAGGGUGUCUGCGGUGUCGCUGUUGACAAGAUGUGGAGAACACUCAUCGGGUUCGGUGCCGUCCCGGCCUGCAUUGCCCUCUACUACCGAUUGACCAUCCCCGAGACUCCUCGUUAUACCUUCGAUGUUGCUCGUGAUGUGGAGAAGGCUGGCGACGAUGUUGCGGCCUAUAUGGCAGGAAAGGCAUCGGGUGACUCCGUCGACGAAGUUGCUCGUGCUAAGGGCCGCAUUGCUGGAGAGGAGGUCAUGACUGUACCCAAGGCCAGUUUCAAGGACUUCAUCUCCUACUACUCCAAGUGGAAGAAUGGAAAGAUUCUUCUUGGCACGGCCGGUUCCUGGUUCUUGCUUGAUGUUGCCUAUUAUGGUGUCUCCCUUAACACCCCCAUUAUCCUUCAGACUAUCGGCUUCAGCGGUGGACCUACCGUGUACAAGCAGUUGAUGAACACCGCUGUCGGUAACUUGAUCGUCGUCUUGGCUGGUGCCAUCCCCGGUUACUGGGUCUCAGUCGCUACCAUCGAUGUCUUUGGCCGUAAGCCAGUUCAGUUCAUGGGCUUCAUCAUCCUGACCAUCCUCUUCUGCGUCUUCGGCUUCGCAUACACCAAGCUUUCUGGUCACGGUCUUCUCGCUAUCUACGUUCUCGCCCAAUUCUUCUUCAACUUUGGCCCCAACACAACAACCUUCAUCGUUCCCGGAGAAUGCUUCCCUACCAGAUACAGAUCGACCUCCCAUGGUUUCUCUGCCGCCUCUGGCAAGCUGGGUGCUGUCAUUGCUCAAGCCGCCAUCGCUCCUCUCCGAACCCGGGGUGCCAAGAAGGGUGCCACCGGCCGUGCCGCUUCCCCAUGGUUGCCCCACGUUCUCGAGAUCUUUGCCCUUUUCAUGUUCUUGGGUAUCUUCACCACCAUGUGCAUCCCAGAAACCGCACGAAAGACCCUCGAGGAGCUUGCUGGCGAAGAUGAAAGCCACGAUGUUCAUGACGAAGAGACCGACGUCCGCGAAAUCUCAAAGGAGCCAGCGGUCGAGGAGAAGAUUGCCGCUUAG